AUGUCAGAUUCACCGCCACCAAAACGUCAUUGCUCUCCAAGGUUGAAAUCCUUCACCACAUAUUAUCCGACCAAAAAGUACUCCACACACCUUUCUCAUUCCUCUUCCUACUCAACCGUUUCUUAUUGCUACCCGCUUUCCCUCCUACCCCUGGCAACGAUCAGAAUUUACCAGUCCCGCGAAUUCACACCUCUGAGAGCUCCAUGUCGCAAAUGCGCAUGCCCCACGGAGAUUGGGCUCGUCUUACAGAAGAUAUUUCUUACCGUCGAGCGGCUGGUUAGCGGGGGAGCGGGCAAGCUGGACGAGAAAGAGAAAAAUGAGGAGAGCCACUGGGCCGUCAAUUAUGAGGCAGGGAUUCUUGAACCAGCGCUAUUCGGCGGUGGAGGUUUUAAGAGCAGGAAGUUGGCCGAUAACCCAUAUUUCCCGUUCGAGGGGGAGAGGGGAGUGGAGGAGCUCGGGUCAUUUAUACGGGGUCUGCAUGGGAUAGUUUUGAGUGGUGAUGAUGAUGGCGGCGGAAUCGUGAAAGGGAAGGGGGUGGGGGCUCGGUUGGAGACUCCGAGGAAACUAUCCAUGGUGUCGUACAGAGCAACACCGCCAGCAUCUUCUCCACACAUAUUUUCGCAAACCUUCAUGUCCCCACCUCCUUUCCGACACCCCGAAACCCCAGCUGGGACCCCUGAGGAAGAGGGCACUAUGCCGGACUUCAACGACUUAAAGGUGUUAUUCCCCCUCUUGGACAAACUUGAACGUGGAUCUUUCGCAGCAGCACACAUGAUGGAUGCAUUUGCGGAUGUGGUGAUUGGUCAAAGAUGCGAUAAUUGUUGCGACUGGACUCCCAGGAAACCAGGAACUGGGGUAUCGCCUGUAUCUUCAGGCGCCGUGGGACCGGAGGGAGAGGCUGAUUUCGAAAACGACGAUGACAGAUCUUCUGGGACGGUGUGUGCCGAGCAAACCCCGCGAGAGCACACUCCUUCAACGGUGGGGCGGGAGAAAACACCUGCGCUCCAAAGCACUCCUCGGGAAGACUCGCCGCCACCGGCCUCGAUAAGCGGCCCUAGGACAAAACGACGAGAGAGAGUCGUCCGCAAUCCGCGCACUCCAAAACCUGGCAAUAGAGCGACCCCCGAGGGGCCUGUGCCGGUCCAGGAUAGGUGGUACGCUUCCAUAACCCCUAAGGCUGAGAGGAGGAUCAGACUCGAGAACCCUGGAGAGGAUGUCAAGGCUACGAUAAAGGAAGAGGAUGAUUAAAUCGGGGCCACGCAGUGAUCCAGAGGAGUAUCUGCAACGUUUGUAUAUGUGCGGUGUGGGAUGUGGCUAUAUAUAAUGAUCAUUAGAGCAUGUUGGGUUCGAGAAGUGGUGUUGGGCUUGCUUCUAGGUUUGAUAUUUUGCUGGCUAUAGCGUGGCAUGCUGCAUGAACAGGAAAGGCUACACGAUUUUACGUAUAUCUAUUGAUACUUUGCACUGCAUGUUGCACAAUGUGGUUUUGCGCAGCCUUCCUUCGCCCCCAGUGUACUGUACCCGGUUCCCUUGUUUGUAUGAUACUCAACAGCAUUUGUACCAUCGUA